AUGGCGAGGAAGAAAUCGAGAUCGAAAUCCCAGCGAAGAAGAUCUUGUUGGAGAUCUUGUUGGAGAGUGUUCUAUCACCGAUUUGUGAUCCCGUUUAUGCUGGGGUCUUUCGGCGCUUCCAUUUAUGCCGCCGUCGUUAUCAGCUACAAACUUCACAACCGUUCAUCAUCUUUUGAUAGAAACAGUGUUGGGGAUAACUUUCUGAAUAAGGUCCUUGCUUCUCUCAAUGGCACCACAUCCGAUAAAGAUCCUCUGAACCUUGACUCAUUCAGGAAGAAAAAUCUUUCUGCGUCAUGGAUGGAUAAUCCAGUUGAGAGUUAUUCUUCUUCUGAGGGGAAAAAGGAUCAUCAAGUGGUUCCUAAUUUUGGUCAUGGAAACUGGAUAAGAGAUGGACUGAAUGAUACACCAGAGAAGUUGUAUGAAAGGAAGAGCCUGAGACAGGAAAGGAUAGUGAAACGUGUCAAAGAGCUGAUGAAUGAUGAUGGUACUGUCCAAAAGUUUGAGAAGGAAGCCAUACAACGUUCCAGAAAUGUCGACGCUGCACCAUUAGGGAACUACACCACUUGGAGAAAUGAAUAUCAGCAGGGGAAGACCUUUGAAGAUAUGUUACGUCUGAUGCAAGAUCAGAUCAUCAUGGCACGAGUUUACACCACGCUUGCUAAGCUGACCAACAAUCUUGAUCUUCACGAAGAGCUAGAGACACAGCUUGCGAAACUUGCUUUCAUGGAGGAAGAACCGAUCACUGAUAUUGAUCAACAACAGAGAGUUCUUGAUGCUAUCGCAGAUAUGGGCCAAACUCUGGCUAAAGCCAAGGAGCAGCUAUAUGACUGCAAGUUGGUGACGAAUAAGCUGAGAGCAAUGCUACAAACAGUUGAAGAAGAGCUCGAGUACACGCAAACUUAUACAACUUUCUUGACUCAGCUGGUUUCCAAGUCACUGCCAUCUUCUAUCCAUUGCUUGACCAUGCGCUUGACUCUUGAGUAUUAUCUGCUUCCUCCACUAAUGAGAAAAUUCCCAAGAGAGUACAACUUGGAGAAUCCAAAGCUUUACCACCAUGCUCUCUUCUCUGAUAAUGUGCUCGCUGCAUCAGUUGUCGUCAAUUCCACAGUCAUGAAUUCACAGGAUUCUUCACGGCUUGUAUUCCACCUUGUGACUGAUAAACUCAACAUUGGAGCAAUGAGAAUGUGGUUUCUGUUAAACCCUCCUGGAGAAGCGACCAUUGAAGUCCAAAGGUUCGAAGAUUUCUCUUGGCUCAACUCAUCUUACGCUCCGGUUUUGAGACAGGUGGAGUCAGCAGCAAUGAAGAAGUUCUACUUCAAGACAGCGAGGUCUGAGUCAGCUGAAUCAGGCUCUGAAAACCUCAAGUUCCGAUACCCUAAAUACAUCUCAAUGCUCAACCACUUGAGGUUCUACCUCCCGAGGAUGUUCCCAAAGCUAGAGAAGAUACUGUUUCUUGACGACGACGUGGUUGUUCAGAAGGACUUGGCUCCCUUGUGGUCAGUAGAUUUGAAAGGGAAAGUGAAUGGUGCGGUGGAGACAUGUGGUGUCACUUUCCAUCGCUUUGACACUUACUUGAACUUCAGCGAUCAUCGCAUUUCAGACAACUUUGAUCCGAAAGCUUGCGGAUGGGCUUAUGGGAUGAACAUCUUUGACCUGAAAGAGUGGAACAAGAACAACAUCACAGAAACUUACCACUUUUGGCAAGACCUGAACGAAAACCAGACUCUGUGGAAACUUGGGACGUUGCCACCUGGGCUCAUAACAUUCUACAAUCUGACUCAACCGCUAGAGAAGAAAUGGCACUUGCUUAGAUUGGGCUAUGACAAAGGAAUCACUGCAAAGAAGAUUGAGAAAGCAGCUGUUAUACAUUUCAAUGGACACAUGAAGCCAUGGUCAGAGCUGGGGAUAAGCUACUAUCAGCCGUAUUGGACAAAGUACAUCAACUUUGAGCAUCCUUACAUUUCUAGUUGCAUGUUCGAGUGA